UUUACGAGUGUGACCUGUUACUUCUUCACUCUCGACUAAGAACGCUUGCCCAUGAACUGAGAUUCGAUUCCCUUUCUUUCCAUCUCCCUUUUACCUUUUGUUUAACUUCCAAAACCUCAUAUUUUCCUUCACUUUCCUCUACUUUCUUUCAACCCAAACAUGCAUCUUCUCCUCUUCUAUCUCUUCUCUCUCUCCCUUUUCCUUUCAUCCACUUUCUCCUCGCCUGCAGAACUCCAACUCCUCAUGCAAAUCAAGUUCUCCCUCGACCCAUUUAACCGGUUCUUAACCUCCUGGGAACCCAACUCUGACCCAUGUGCUGGGUCUUUUGAGGGCGUGGCUUGCAAUGAGCAAGGCCGCGUGGCUAAUAUUUCUCUUCAGGGUAAGGGUCUCUCCGGCCAGAUACCGCCGGCUAUAGGUGGGCUUAAGAGCUUAACUGGUUUGUAUCUGCAUUUCAAUGCACUUACUGGAGAGAUACCGAAGGAGAUAGCUGAUUUGACUGAGCUAAGUGAUUUGUAUCUUAACGUGAAUAAUCUGACUGGGGAGAUUCCAUCUCAGGUUGGCAACAUGGCUAAUCUUCAAGUUUUGCAGCUGUGUUACAAUAAGUUGACUGGGAGUGUACCAACACAAUUGGGUUCUCUGAAGAAGCUCACUGUCCUUGCUCUACAAUAUAAUCAGCUAACUGGUGCAAUUCCUGCAAGCUUGGGUGAUUUGGGGCUGUUAACAAGGCUGGAUUUGAGCUUUAAUGGUCUUUUUGGUUCAAUACCAAUAAAAUUAGCUGACGCUCCUAUGCUACAAGUACUGGACAUUCGUAACAACAGUCUUUCUGGGAAUGUACCUCCAGCUUUGAAGAGGCUGAAUAGUGGAUUCCAGUACAACAACAACCCUGAGCUAUGCGGAGUUGAGUUCCCUAACUUGGGGAUAUGUACAGCUUCUGAUCAUCUAAACCCGAAUAGACCUGAACCUUUCAAACCAAGUGGUGCUUUGCAAAAGGAUAUCCCAGAAUCUGCCAAUUUACCUUCCAAUUGCAGCCAAACCCACUGUUCGAAUUCAUCCAAAAGCUCACUGUAUGGUGUGAUAUUUGGUGUAAUCGGAGUUUUCACUGUGUUAACUGUCAUUGGACUCUUCACAUUCACAUGGUACCGUCGCCAAAAACAGAAAAUUGGAAGUGCAUUUGAUACUUCUGAUGGUCGGCUUAGUACUGACCAGGUCAGGGAGGUUUAUAGGAAGAGUGCCUCUCCACUUAUCAGCCUAGAGUAUUCCAAUGGGUGGGAUCCCUUGGCCAUAAGCCAAAGCAAAAAUGGGCUUUCUCAGGAAUUUCUGGAGAGCUUCAUGUUCAAUUUAGAAGAGGUAGAGCGAGCAACACAGUGCUUCUCAGAGGUGAACUUGUUGGGGAAGAGUAAUUACUCAGCCACCUACAAGGGAAUCUUAAGAGAUGGGUCAGCCGUUGCUGUUAAGUGCAUCACCAAAACGAGUUGCAAAUCUGAUGAAGCUAAUUUCUUGAAGGGUUUGAAGAAUAUAACCUCAUUGAAACAUGAAAAUCUGGUGAGAUUGAGAGGCUUUUGCUGCUCAAAAGGAAGGGGGGAGUGUUUUCUCAUUUAUGAUUUUGUCCCAAAUGGAAACCUGUUGCAGUAUCUUGACAUAAAGGAGGGCAGUGGGAAGGUUCUUGAAUGGUCCACCAGAAUAUCUAUCAUAAAUGGCAUUGCCAAAGGUAUUGGCUAUUUACAUGGUAAUAGAAGAAAUAAACCUACUCUAUUCCAUCAAAACAUAUCAGCCGAGAAAGUGCUCAUUGACAGACGAUACAAUCCAUUGCUCUCAGAUUCAGGCUUGCACAAACUCCUUGCAGAUGACAUCGUCUUCUCCAUACUUAAAGCUAGUGCUGCCAUGGGAUACCUGGCUCCUGAGUACACAACUACUGGUCGUUUUACUGAAAAGAGUGAUGUUUAUGCAUUUGGUAUGAUUUUACUUCAGAUCCUCAGUGGAAAACGUAUAGUCACUGCAAUGACUCGUGCUGCAGUGGAAUCAUGCAAGGUCGAAGAUUUUGUUGAUGCAAAUCUUGAAAGAAAGUUCUCAGAAUCAGAGGCAACAAAACUUGGAAGAUUGGCUCUUCUUUGCACUCACGAAUCUCCCCAUUGCAGGCCUACAAUGGAAGUUGUGUUGGAGGAACUAAGUGAGUUUAUUGUCGUUGCUUAACUUAUAUUCAGAAAAAAUGGACAUUUUGCCUCAAUUUUCAAAGUGCAAGAGGCAAGACUUUGAACCUUCACUUCUUCACUAACCAACGAGCUGAUACUGAAAGCUCAAUUGCUAAUGGUUACUUAACUUGGUUGCCUUUUCUUGAGGACUGAGGUAGCUGUAAAAUUUGUGGCUGUUGGGAGUUGUAAUGAACUGAAUUUAGGCACAAGUGUUUGUUAUAUAGUUUAAUGUAGUUGUAGCAUUUGUCUUUCA